GGCGUGCAAGAGGUGCGUGCUCAUGUGCAUGUGUUCCACGGACGGUGGGGGAGCUUUUCGAGCGGGUUGUGUAAAGCUUUCGGCCCCGAGUGGGACGGAGCCUCCCCGGUAUAUAAGCUCAAAACGCUCUCGCUUAGACGUCAGUCGAUCAAAAGCCAACAUCAGGACAGAGACAUGAACAAGAAGUUGUUGUGGGUGGCUGUCGCCCUGCUCGCGGUGGCUCGGGCCGAAGAUGGAGAGAAGAAGAAGGUAGCCGAAGAGAAGAAGGAGUCUGUCGCCGAAGAGAAGAAGACAGAAAAAAGAGGACUUUACGGCUUUGGAUUCGGCCACGGCGGUGAGCUCGCGAGUUUCGGAAGCUACGGAGGAGGCGGCUACGGAGGCGGCGGCUACGGAGGUGGCGGCUACGGAGGCGGCGGCUACGGAGGCGGCGGCUACGGAGGCGGCGGCUACGGAGGCGGUGGACACGAAUUCUACGGUUUCGGCGGCGGUCUCCAGCUGUCCGGUGGAGAUUUCGGUGGACACCACGACUACGGGCACGUCAAGUCCGUGACCAUCACCAAGGAAGUAGCGGUCCCGUACCCCGUCCACGUCGAGAAAAAAGUGCCGUACCCCGUCAAAGUCCCAGUCGACAGGCCCUACCCGGUCCACGUGCCGAAACCGUACCCCGUCCACGUCGAAAAGCCCGUCCCUGUCCCAGUCAAAGUCCCAGUCCCUCAACCUUACCCGGUCACUGUCGAAAAACACGUACCUUACCCCGUCAAAGUCCCAGUCGACAGGCCUUACCCGGUCCAUGUACCCAAACCGUACCCAGUCUACGUUGAAAAGAAAGUCCCGGUCACGGUCGAAAAGCACGUGCCUUACCCAGUCAAAGUCCCAGUCGACAGGCCCUACCCGGUCCACGUCCCAGUAGAGAAACCCGUCCCUUACCCGGUAGAGAAGCCCGUGCCCUACCCAGUCAAAGUCCACGUCGACAGGCCCUACCCGGUCCACGUGCCCAAGCCGUACCCCGUGCACGUCGAAAAGCCCGUCCCAUACCCUGUAGAGAAGCCGGUUCCCUACCCGGUCAAAGUCCCAGUUAAAGUACCUGUCAAAGUGCCUUACCCAGUCGAGGUCAAAGUCCCCGUUCAUGUCCCUGUCCACGUUCCCGUCCACGUACACAAAGAACACCACGAUUUCGGUGGAAGCCACGAAGGAGGAUACUACUACCACCAUUAAGUCACCAAUCGAGGACUUCUCAACCUCGUCCCAAAUCACGGUUACCAAUAAACUACCAAUAAAACAACUGUGUACCCUAUUCCAUGUGAUCAUUUAAUGUAGAUAAAUAAAUAUAUUUUUGUAUAUUAUCAUUUUUUAAA